AUGGAGAAGAGGUGUGUUGACAAAAAGAAAGAGGUGUCCGCCGAGAUUCAGCAUCAGGAGGUUGUCGCCAAUCUUGAUUUAUUGAACGAGAUCGAGAACGAGGGGUUAGUAGUGGAUGAAGAGAUCAUUCGUCUGAAGGAGAUAGAGAAGGAUUGCGAAGCUAUUGCCAGCUUGGCCGCUGUUCCAGACUGGUCGGUGGCGGGUCUUGAUCUUCCAGAAGUUUCUGAAGAUUUGGUCGUCAACGACGAAGCUGAGGAUUCGUCUUCUGGCGAAGGAAGCGAGGUCUUUGCUUUUUCUCUUAUUGAUAUAUCGUCGAGAAGAGUGGGUCUUCGUGAGUCUGAGAGGGUUCGAGGCCGAAAUGGGAGUGUUGUCGUAGAACGAACAUGUUCCGGUGAUGUGAGCGGGUUGGUUACGGAAGUCCUUCGCAAGGAGACGCGACUUCCUCGUGCUCCCGUUAGCGGAGAGGGGAAGGACCUUGGAGGAGAAAAGGUGGCGGUUCGUACGAGCUCAAACAGUCCGACUGGCUCAGAAGUUCGAGACCGCCCUCCGAAGAAGACAAGAGUGACUAGUGCUGAUCAUCGUCCUGGUGUUUUGGGUGAUGGUUCUGUUGCGAAACCGUUUCAUUGGCAAUUCUCCCAUUCCAAGGACUGCCCGAUUAUGGAAAAUCCAAAUAGCGUCGCUCAUCUGGCUAUGGAGGCUAACAACGAGUUCGCGGCGACUCUAGAGAGGCGUUUGCAAGAUGUCACGCCCUCCGACGAGCUUUACGAGAUCAAGAAGGUCGUUCUCGAGUUGAAGCUCAGCUUGAAGAUGGCUCAUGAUCGAGAGCACGCUAACGCUGCUCAGCUGGCUGCUGCUGAAAAACUAGGGAAUCAGGCUGCUUCGCUCGAAGCUCGUUUGCGAGUUGUGAGUAACGAGAGGAAGUCUGCCCUUGAGCAGGAGAAGUGGGAGAAGAAGAAGGCUGCAGCUGACUGGGAAGCUCGUCUUAAGGAAGUUAUGGCUAAUAUAGAUCUCCAGAAGGAAAUCAUGAAUAAUAACUUGUUGGCUUCGGAUGAGUUGUUGCGUCUUCGAGCGAAGGAGGUCGAGCUCGGGUCCGAACUCGAUGUGUUGGCGGUGUCGGAUUUUUCUGUUGGGAAAUUGGAUCUCCCUCAGAUUUCUGAGGAUCUGCCAGUGAGUUCUUUGCGAAAGUUCCUUCUGAGGUGA